AUGGCCAUCAACCAUUCCAACAAUUCCAACUGUACCGAUUUGGAUGAACUGAUGAAACACUACUACCUGCCUGUGGCUUAUAGUCUCAUCUUCAUUGUGGGCUUGGUUGGAAAUGUAACAUCUAUCAGCAUUUACUUGACAAAGCUGCGUCCCUGGAAGAGCAGCAGCAUCAUCUUGGUCAACCUGGCGGUGACCGAUCUUCUCUACGUCCUCAGCCUGCCGUUCCUGGUCUACUACUACAGCAGAUGGGAUAAGUGGUCUCUCUGCGGAUUCAUGUGCCGUGUCGUGCGCGUUGGGUUUCAUUUGAACCUUUAUGGGAGCAUCCUCUUUCUAACAUGUCUGGCAGUUUUUCGUUAUGUAGUGGUGAUUAAACCACUGAGUGCAGCACAGGUACAGCAGAAGCGCUGGGGUAUAAUUGCCUGCUCAGCUGUUUGGAUCAUCUCUGCCGCUGAAAUAACACCCAUGUUGAGCAUGAUAUCAGUGAAUGAUAACAAGAAGUGCAUAGACUUUGCAAGUACUGAACCCGUCGCUACUGUGCGGUUGUACGGCUGGCUACUUACUGCGUUUGGAUUUCUACUUCCCCUUGUGGUGGUGUUUAUGUGUUACACUGGGAUAGUAAAACAGCUGGCAAACGGACCACGCACAACAAGUUUCUGUCGGAUGCGAGCACGGCGUGUGACUGUACUGAUCCUGGUGGUGUUUGUUGUAUGUUUUAUGCCAUAUCACGUCCUGCGUGUGUUGCGGAUAGAAUCAAGAUAUCAUAACGCGACUUGUCCGGCAGAGAACAUCGUGCAUGCAGCGUAUAUCAUCUCCCGGCCUCUGGCUGGAUUUAACACAUUUUUCAACCUGGUGCUCUACACUCUUUCAGGUGAUACAUUUAGGAGGGCCUUUCUCAACGCUUUCCACUGGGAACGCUGCCUGACCAAAACAAGGUCACUGGUCCACCUGGCCGUCAUUAGCAAGGCAAGCAGGGACAAGUCUGCUACAUGA